AUGAAUAAGAACAGCAAAAUUUUCAAGUUUAUUGACAUACAAUACAUGUUUUUCUUUGAAGUCAUCAUUGGAAUCAUAGCUAAUACAGUACUGCUUCUCUUUUAUGUCUUCCUAUUUCUCCUGGAGCACAGACUCAACCCUAUCAAUCUGACCAUUGGCCACUUGGCCCUUAUUCACAUUGUGAUGCUGGGAACUUGUUUCAUAACAAUAGAUAUUUUUGGAUUUCAAGUUUUAGGAGAUGACAUUACAUGUAAAUUGGUUAUAUAUUUGCACAGGGUGAUGAGGAGCCUCUCCAUCUGUACCACCUGCCUGCUGAGUGUCCUCCAGGCCAUCACCCUCAGCCCCAGAAGCUGCUGUUUGGCAAAGUUCAAACAGAAAUCCCUGCCCCAGAACCUGUGUUACUUUCUCUUCAUAUGGGUCCUCAAUAUGGUCAUCAGUGCCCGUUUCUUAAUCUCCACUAUUGCCACCCCUAAUGUGACUUCCCCAAACCUUAUGUUUGUCACUCAGUCCUGCUCCCUUUGGCCCGUUAGUUAUCUCCUUAAAUAUAUAACUUUCUCCUUGAUGAUUUUGCAGGAAAUUUCUGUUAUAGGGCUCAUGGGACUCUCAAGUGUGUACAUGGUGCUUCUUUUGUACAGGCACAGAAGGCAGUCCCAGCACCUUCACAGUACCAAAUUAUCUCCAAAAGCAUCCCCAGAGCAAAGGGCUACUCACACUAUUUUACUGCUCAUGAGUGUCUUUAUUGUUAUCUAUGCUUUGGACUGUGUCAUCUCCUCAACAUCUGGAGUGUUCUGGAAACGUAACCAGAUUCAUCAUUAUAUCCAAAUGCUGGUUGGCAAUGGCUAUGCCACAAUAUGUCCUUUGGUGCUAAUCAGUACUGAAAAAAGAAUGAUGAAGUGUUUAACAUCCAGGUCUUAA